AUAUUCCUUUCCACUCUUAUUCGGUUCCGUGAUUGCACCGGAGGUCUCGCGCAGCUGUGUAAAGAUGGACAAGAUUCGCGCGGACGCUUCCCAGACAUUUCCCGAAAUUAUUGAGCUCAAUGUCGGGGGACAAGUUUACGUUACGCGCCACUCAACUUUACUCUCCGUGCCCAAUUCUUUACUUUGGACCAUGUUCAGCCAGAAAAAACCUGCGGAACUUACCACCGACAGCAAAGGACGCUACUUUUUGGACAGGGACGGCUUUCUGUUCAGAUAUAUUUUGGAUUACUUGCGGGACCAGACUCUGGUUUUGCCUGAUUACUUCAAAGAGAAGGCGAGCCUUCUUAGAGAGGCAGAAUAUUUCCAACUUCAAGAGCUGGCAAAGCGCCUGAGACUGGCAGUCAGUAAGGAGAACUCCAUCAGCGAAGAGGUGUGCCAGAGCGACCCGGAGGAGGCUGCGCUCGCCGGCACCAGCAUCACCAGCACCGGCCCUCGCUCUCCGUCUCUGGACGCGAGAAAAAUCGGCUACAUAACCAUUGGGUACAGGGGCUCCUAUACCAUAGGACGAGAUAUCCAACAGGACGCCAAAUUUCGGCGGGUGGCGAGAAUCACCGUGUGCGGAAAAACAUCCCUCGCCAAAGAAGUUUUCGGGGAGACCCUGAACGAGAGCAGAGACCCCGACAGACCACCAGAGAGAUACACUUCUCGGUAUUACCUCAAGUAUAAUUUCCUGGAGCAAGCCUUUGACAGGCUGGCAGAAGUGGGCUUCCACAUGGUUGCGUGCAGCUCCACGGGCACCUGCGCGUACGCGAGUAACGACCCCAGCGAGGACAAGAUCUGGACGAGUUACACCGAGUACGUUUUUAGCAGGGAGUGAAGUGAACUCAGUUUUGGGAACUGUUAUUCAAACACAUUUCUCGGAUACUCAACUUUCCAUUCGUUACGCGCCACGAAUGUGUCUUUUUUUCACAGUGUCAUCAUGUAGAGACUAUCAGUCGAUGAGCAGACGUUUUUUUAUGCAUAUUUUCUGUGUAAGUAAUAAUUUAAUAAUAGCGGACCUCCAAAUUUGACUUCUGUUCCCACAGUUCAAACUGCUUAUAGCAAUUUUCAGUAGGCUAUUUAAAAACCGUAGGAUUGAACUGGAGGACGCACGAAAUGUACUCUCAGUGAUACGACUUCUUAAAAU